AUUUACAAUUGUGGGCCUUCUUGACUUUAUAAAAAAUAAACAAUACAAAUGGAUAACUCAUUACUGAUAAAAGCAAUUGUUGCUGUCACUGUUCUUAUUUUAGUCACAGUUAUUGGACUUUCACUCUUUACAAAGAAACAAAAUAAAAAUACCAUAUUAUUACUAGGUGUCAGCGAUGCUGGUAAAACAGCAAUGUAUAUAAUGUUAAAAUAUGGGCAAAUGCGUCCUACUGUUUCCUCCAUGAAGGAAAAUGAAGGUCAAGUUACUAUUGCCAACAAGUUAUUCGAGCUUGUCGACAUGCCAGGUCAUGAUCGUGUUCGCUAUCGAUUUGCAGACUUCUUACCCGUGACACGAUCCAUUGUAUUUGUUGUAGACAGCACGACCUUGAGCAGACAGAUCCGACCUGUUGCAGAAUACUUGUAUGAUGUUUUAGCAAAGCAAGUUGUUCAAAAGCAACGUACACCUGUUUUGAUUGCUUGUAAUAAGUCGGAUAUGAUUACUGCUUUACCCACUGAAAAGAUCAAAUUCAUGCUUGAAAGUGAACUGAAUCGUCUUCGUGGUACACGUACUGCUAGAGUUGAACAACAAGAGGGUGAUGAACAGGAAGCUUUCUUGGGCUAUGAAGGAGAAGAUUUUAAGUUUGAUCAUAUUGAUAAUCAUGUGGAGUUUGAAUCUUGCUCUGUGGAAAAUAAGGAUUUGGAAAAGGUCAAGGAUUGGAUUGUUGUAGCAUAGUGUGGCACAUACUUAAUAAAAACAUAGAAUGUUUAUAAACAUUGCAC